AAUCAAAGUAUGUGGGAUUUAAUACACAAUAAUAAAAUUUUUGCUAUCUUAAUGUGGGUCAGUGGUAAAAGGUUUGUACAAAAAAAGAAGUUGAAUAUCCGAAGCCCCCUGUUGAUUUGAUUUAUAAAGGCAUUUGGCAGAACUGACUUAUCAAAAUUUAUGGCGCUUUAGUUUGAAAUAUUUUCCCGUAGGCGGGUAAAUUUGAAUAAACAUAUUUCGAUGUUAACAGGAUUUGCAGAAAAGGCGCCCAAAAUUAAGCACGAAAGCGGUUUGAAAGAAAAACCCAUAAAACAUAUAAAACUGGACGAAGUGAAAGAUUUAUUUGCAGUUUUCGAAUUUAAAGAGGAAAUAGGUCACGGAAAUUUUGGAUUAGUCGUAGAGGCUAUAGAAAAAUCAUCAUCCACGCACUUUGCCGUUAAGAUAGUUAAUAAAUAUGCUGCUGGAAGCUUGAAGUUGGAAGAAAUUCAAAGAGAAAUAAAAAUUCUCAAAUCAGUGACGCAUCCAAAUAUUAUCAACUUGGAUAGAGUUUAUGAAACAGGAAAGAAAAUUUACAUGGUCUUCGAAUUAUGCAAUGACAAUUUGUUUAAUAAAUUUAAGUCGUGCAACGCUUUUCCAGACAAGACCAUUAAAAAAAUUAUAAAACAGCUGGUGGAUGCUGUCUACUAUUUACAUAGACAUGAUAUAGUCCACAGGGACAUUAAAAUGGAAAAUAUCCUUAUUACUAAAAAUCCAGAAGAUCCAAAUGACGAGCUUUUUAUAAAACUAACAGAUUUCGGAUUGAGCAUAAAGAAAGCUGCAACUGGGAUACAAGGAAUGCUCAGAGAUAGGGUUGGUACCAUAAUUUACAUGGCACCAGAGAUUCUCUUGGAUCACACCUACAGCGAGCUGUGCGACGUUUGGUCAAUAGGUGUCAUUCUCUUCACCAUGAUGUAUGGAAAAUUCCCGUUCAUGAGCACAUCUCAAAAGGAACUCGCCGGCAAAAUAAUAUCUUUCGAACCAGAAUUUUCCACGAAAAUGAUAGACCUCGAUUGCGUCGAUUUGAUGAAAUCGACGUUGGUUAAAGAUCCCGUCAAAAGGAUAACGGCCCAGGAAAUGUUGAAGCAUCCUUGGUUGUUCGACAAUAAAAUUAAAGUGAAAACCAAAAAUCAGACCGUUAUCGAUUAUAUGAAACAGUGGAAGACCGAGAUGAUGUUGCCGGGAGAGGAAUCAGAUUGGGUGUCAGCUUAUACAACUGAUCGAACAUCCCAAUACAGUAAUUAUAGUACAGCAAAGUCAACAGGCGACAAAAGUGCUUAUAGCGCGACUAGCUGAAUUAUUAUAAUUAAACGAUCAGAUAAAAUUCAGUUAUGUUUAUAUCAAGCAAAUGGGGUGGUUUUUCGAAGAAUCAGUUCAUAUCUUUUUUUUAAGUACAUCGUAUCUUUAAAUGAUUUUUUUGAAUGAGAAUAAAGCAGUGA